UUGGGCUCAUCACAGCAUUCAGCUACACUCAUUCAACCGACAAGAUGACCAGUCUCACUGCUAGGGAUAAGAACACAGUCAGAGCCUUCUGGGGUAAGGUCUCUGGAAAGGCGGAGGACAUCGGCACCCAAGCUGUGGCCAGGAUGCUGGUGGUGUACCCGCAGACCAAGACUUACUUCGCCCACUGGAAGGACCAGAGCCCCACCUCUCCCUCUGCGAAGAAGCACGGAAUAACCGUGAUGGGUGGAGUUGCAGAUGCUGUGACCAAAAUUGACGACCUGAAAGGAGGUCUUCUGAACCUCAGUGAGCUGCAUGCCUUCACUCUGCGUGUGGACCCUGCCAACUUCAAGAUUAUCUCCCACUGCAUCCUUGUGGUCAUGGCCAUCAUGUUCCCCACCGAUUUCACCCCUGAGGUCCACAUGUCUCUGGACAAGUUCCUGGCUGCUCUGGCUCUGGCCCUGGCUGAGAAGUACCGAUAAACAGCAGGAGAAGAUGGUGGAGACUGCAGCAUGUGCUCGCUCUGCAUAUAAUAAAUAAAAAUUAAUGAAAAAAAA